AAUCUAAGGGGUCUUUCAUUGUGCGAAAUUUUGAAUUUGUUUUUGGGUAUGAUUUCGGCGCAUCCAGAUGGAGCGAGAAUAUUUUUUUGCGUUUGCUUUUUCAUGUUGUUCUCUUAGUUCGAAUCCGGAAAUGAGCUUUCUUUUCUCAAACUUGUUUUGGUUCGCUGUUUAUUUUCGUUGAUGCGUUGACGAUUUAUGUGACAGUUGCUUUUCCGCAUCUGAGGAACCUCGUAACGGACUAUUGAACAAUACAUGCGUUUGAGUUAAAUAUGCCAUAUGUUUUGAAGAGAAGGAGAAAAUUAAUAUUGUAAUAUAUCGUGCUUAAGAACAGAGAGUUGUAAAGAUAGCGAAGGGGAAGACAGCCAGAGAAAAAGUAUAGGGUGUAAUGGUCUCUGAGAGGGAGCGUUUUGACCUCUCGGGGCCCUUACAUCUUACUUUUGUUGACUGGGGUAAUGCAUAUCAUCGAAUGUCAGUAGCUGCGAGUUUAGUCCAAGGUGUUUACAUACUAGAAAGGGACCGGCAAGAAAAUCGUGUAGGACCUAAUGCCCUUGCGCCUCCUUGGUGGACUUUCUUCCACUUUCAGUUGUUUCGUCCAUUGAUAGAUGACGUUGAUAAGUCCAUCUUUGGAGCCAUUUAUGAAUUCAAGCCUCCUCCCUCUUCUAAGGGUAAUGACACUGUAAAUAUUAGUCCACGAUAUGUGAUUGCAUUUCGAGGCACUAUACCAAGGGGAGAUUCAGUUUACCGUGAUAUCCAAUUGGAUAUGCACUUUGUCCGUAAUGGACUCCAUCAGACAUCUCGAUCUGACAUUGCUGUCCAAGCUGCUCGAAACAUGGUAGCCGCUGUAGGUGAUUCAAAUAUCUGGUUAGCUGGUCACUCAUUGGGAUCUGCCCUGGCAAUGCUUACUGGGAAAAGAAUGGCCAAGAGUGGCAUGUUUAUUCAAUCUUUUCUUUUCAACCCACCUUUUGUUUCUGCUCCAAUUGAGAGAAUCAAAAAUAAAAACUUGAAACUUGGGAUUCGAGUCGCCAGCAGUGUGAUAACAGCCGGACUCACCCUUGCCAUGAAGGCUAGGCAGAAAAAGGAAGUGUCCUUGGAUGAUCACUUGGGUCCAUUUCCUGCUUUGUCUUCCUGGGUCCCCUGUCUAUUUGUGAAUCCAUCUGAUCAUAUCUGUUCAGAGUACAUUGGAUAUUUUGAACACAGGAAGACGAUGGAGGAGAUUGGUAUAGGCGGUAUCGAAAGGUUAGCGACUCAAAAUUCAAUCGGCGAUCUGUUGAUGAGUGCUUUUGGGAAGGAAUCAGAAGCCGCACACCUCAUUCCUUCAGCUUCUUUGACAGUAAAUGUAACUCCUGUUCAGGAUUUCAGAGCAGCUCAUGGCAUUCAUCAGUGGUGGAAACCUUGUUUAAGUCUCGAACACAAGCUCUACAAAUAUAAGUAGCUCUAGUUAUUUGUCCUUUUCUUUUUUUUUAAUGUUUAUUUGGCGCUGCCGCUUUUAGUUUUCCAUGUGAAUGUCUGUGUAGUUUGAGCAAUGUGUAUGUAUGUAUGAUUGAACUGCAUUUCUUCUGUAAAUAGAAGCAUUGGCGGUUCAUGUAUCUUUACUGAUUGGUAAGGCUCUCCUCGUGUUUGGUGGACUUUGAAGUGGAGUGGAGGAGAAGGAGAUGGCAUAUGGAGACACAAAUCCUACGUCUGGUAUGCUUGAAAAUUAUUCCUUCUACCAUUCCUUUCCCAUGGGGCGAGGCCAAACCAUUCCAUAGGCGGGGUGAAGGAAUGGUACUGUAGAUCAAGGAAUAAACAGUGAAAUGUCUUAUUUGCG